AUGUCCCAUGCAAGGGGACAGCUGAUGUCCAUACAUGUGGGGCAGUGUGGUAAUCAGAUUGGGCAGAGUUUUUGGAAAACCCUCUGUGAUGAGCAUGCUAUUGACGGAAGGGGACGCAUGACUUGCGAAGAGAGCUUACACGAUGACAAAGAUGUAUUUUUCUACCAGGCCGAUGACGACCACUACGUUCCUCGUGCAGUUUUGGUUGAUCUCGAACCUAGGGUAAUUAAUGGAAUCAUGGCAAGCGAAAAUUUUAGCAGACUUUUCAAUCCCGACAAUGUCUACAUGUCAACGCAUGGAGGUGGCGCUGGUAACAAUUGGGCGAGUGGUUAUGGGCAAGGAGGG